AUGGCUUUAAGUCGAUAAUCGCAGAUUAUACGUCUUUACACGCUGUCUAAAUUGUGGCCGUAUUCCUUUGUCGGAUCACCGUCGUCAGAUCGGGUAAAUCUCUUUUCGUCCUCGCUUUUGUUCCACGUGGUGCGGCAACCCUCCGAUCCCGUCGAAUCUACGCAUUGCGUAGAGAUCGGGAACACAGAUCCGGACAUCGUCUACGUAGGUGGAGAAGCGCGCGCGCGCGACUCUGCACCGGCCAAUCGCGCGCGAGGAAAUCGUUAGAAGUUUCCGUUGCGUGCGCGUUUGAACGAUCUAGUGCACAUUUGUCAUCUGCGAGGAACCACUCCCGAUUCUCGCUGUUAUUAUCCGCGUUUUUCAUCCCGCGAUUCCGAGUUAGAACAAGCAAAGCAAUAUGGCUGUUAACGUCUACGCCACGAAUAUGACAUCCGACAAUCUCAGUCGUCAUGAUAUGCUGGCAUGGGUAAACGACUGUCUCCAAUCCUCAUUCACCAAAAUUGAAGAGUUGUGCACUGGUGCAGUUUAUUGUCAAUUCAUGGACAUGCUCUUUCCGGGCAGUGUACCUUUGAAAAGAGUCAAAUUCAAAACCAAUCUGGAGCAUGAAUAUAUACAGAAUUUCAAAAUUCUUCAAGGUGGCUUCAAAAAGAUGAAUGUGGAUAAGAUUGUGCCAAUUGAUAGGCUGGUGAAAGGCAGAUUCCAAGACAACUUUGAGUUUUUGCAAUGGUUCAAGAAGUUCUUUGAUGCGAACUACUCGGGAGCAGAUUACGAUGCGCUUACUAUGCGAGGCGGAGAGCCUAUGGGUAGCGGCGGAAAUAAUGCACCUCGUGGUGGUUCUAAUGCAAAACGUACUUCUCCACGUGACACAGUAAAUUUGGCUAAGCCUGCUCCUCGUACUACUGGUGAGGGACAUCCAUCUUCCGUGCGUCCAGAUAGUACAAACAUUUUAGUAAAUAAAGUUGCAGCACCGUACCGUGCGCAACCCAAAAACACAAUGGUCGGUAAUCGUGGUGAUACUGGAAAGAUUGAAGAACUUAGUGCACAGUUGGUCGAGUUGAAGAUGUCAGUCGAAGGCCUGGAAAAGGAAAGAGAUUUCUAUUUUGGAAAACUGCGUGACAUUGAAGUCAUGUGUCAAGAUUGCGACAAUGGCGGUGAUCCUCCACCUAUUGUACAGAAAAUUUUAGAUGUCCUUUAUGCAACAGAGGAUGUCCAGGAUAUAGAACAGAAGACGACUGAGAUGAAACUAUAAGCACCUUUUUUUAUAUGUUUGUAACAGGCGCGUUUUUUUUAAUAAGGACGGUUUUGCGCCACCUGAGGAAUUGGAAGGGGACGGGCUUGUGCCCGAUGAUGAGGAGGAAUAUUAACCUUUUUUAUUUACGGUUGUGUAAUUGAAAUGAAUAACAAAUUAUCCAAGUGCGUUUCGGUUUAUUAUGCCUGCAAACCAAUGAGAGUAUCCCUUGCAUAAUUACUAAGCUAUUUUAUAUCACAAACUCAGCAGUUUUAAUGGAUUGUGUGUGUGCAUUCGUUUCAUUAAUAAAUAAAAUCAUUAAGAUUUGCACAUUAGGAUAAACAUAAGUCGAGUAGUGCACUUGAAUAACUUGUUCUGACUGUUGAGAGGAUAAGAGAAACAUGAGAAGAGAAGAUAAAUAGAGGAAGAAAAUCAAUUAAUAAUAAUCUUUCACAAAUUAUUACAUUUCCUUAUAGCGUUACAAUGUGGUAGAGUUCCAAACAUCUAUGACAAAUUCCCACAAAUUUAUGGGGAUAUCGAUAUCUAUUAAUGUUAUCUGCAUCCGUAUUGUUAUGUAGCGACUUCCGUUAAUUACAUUUUUUUUUAAUGCGUUUUGUUUGUAAAUGUAUUAAGUUUGAGAUAACGAGUCGCGCGAAGCUCUUUACCCAACCUCAUAGUUUAUCUUUUGAAAUCUAUUUGUUAUCUACACAAUGUUAAUCCUGCUGAGAAAUUCAGCCCAGAGCUAUUCAAUCUUCGUUCGACUUGUUUUCUUUGUGCGGUGUGCUCUCUAAUAUGGCCGAUGCACUCAGCGAUUUUACGCUGAACAGUAGACUUAUUCUGUCGAUAGAGAUAACUUUUGAAUAAAUCAUGUUAGUGAUUAAAAUUCAAUUAUACUCAUCGAAAUUUUAUUCUACGUCUCAUCAACACAAAAACUAUUGUAUAAUACAUUGGUAGAGAUGCAAAGAUUGUGUACUUUGAUUUUUCAAUAAAUGAAACAGUGUGCGCUUUGCAAAGGCAGAUUGCGAAACAAAAUGGCACGCUUAUACGCUCGAUAUUACUGAAUUGUAAAAAUUUGAAAGACUAAUUAAAGUUAAAACUCGUAUUGAAAGAUAUUUGUCUAUUGAAACGUUUACCCCGUAUAAAUCGAUUUUAGAAAAAAAGAUCAUGUAUGCAUCUCUAUAAGUCUAUCGAGAUGUGAAGAAUGGCCUUAAAAUACGGUGAACUCUUGAGAUUCUGAAAAUAUUCUGAAUCAAAGCGUUUCUUCAAUAAAUAUCGUCGAUUAUGAUGCAGCUGUAUUUCACUUUCUUAAGAAAAACAGAAUCUGUAAAAUUACUCGAUUCGAGAGCAGACGCGAAUGUGAGGGACAACGAGCGAAAGGGGUACGAUAUGUAGAUGUUCUGCGCGAAUGCUUACGUGACUCUAGCAUGUGUGUGUAGCGUGUGUGUGCGCGCGCGCGCGCGCUUUUGAUAUUAUUGAUUUCGGAUGUCGAAAUCGACAUUGAUCGCGCAAGAGAUUAAUUUCAAACAAAAGGAGCGUCAAUCACAUUGUGAGUGAAUAAUAAUUGUCUGAUUAGGAUGUAAUUCAUACUACGUACUACUAAGUCCAUUAAGUUCUAGGGAGGAGGAGGAGGGAUACAAUUUUUGGCUUGUGCUCUGUUCAUCGCUCUGUAUGUGCUUCAAAAUUUGAAAUUUGCCGAUGUAAUAAACGUUUAAUAAAGACCCGAGAAAGCGAGAAAUAGAA